UACCUCAGUCUCCAGGCCCCUGCUUCCAAACACACUUUGAUUCAGUGUCUUGCUUGCAAUGCUGUCUCCGCCCAUUAGGGGGCGGGGCUCGAGGGCGAGGCUAGUGGCUGUUCAGAAGCCUCGAGAGCCAUCAGUUCCUACCAGACUCUUGCUGGGGAUCCCAUCCACCUCAUGGCGGGGCGCAGGUCUUCAAACGUCUUCCCCCUCCCAGGCAGUAGUGGCGGUGGCCGGGAAGGGCCAGUUCCUGUACGAGUUGACACCCCAGUAUGGUUGAGCAGCCAGGCAGCCACAAGCAGGUUAAUGGUGCGGCCAGGUAUGGGGCCAGGCAUCUGUCCAGGCCCUGAGGUAUGGGGAGUGCCGCUGGGUCCCACACCUUAUGAAUUCCGAGGUGGGAUAGCACCCUACGGAGCUUGUGAGGCAAGGGCCUGGUCCCAGAGUUCCUCCGAGGAUACCUGCCCUGGACCCUACAUCGCCUUGAGGUACAUGCCAAAUUUGGCACUGCCAGAGGACGUUUCAGCCAUACAAAAAGAAAUGGAGCAGCUGGCCAAGGAACUGAGACAGAAGCGGAUGACCCUGGGCUACUCACAGGCCGAUGUGGGAUUCGCUGUGGGAGCUAUGUUUGGGAAGGUUCUCAGCCAGACGACCAUAUGCCGCUUCGAGGCCCAGCAACUCAGCCUUGCCAACAUGUGGAAGCUGCGACCCCUGCUGAAAAUGUGGUUAGAGGAAGUAGAUGAGAAGAACCUUCUGGGCAUAUGCAGAAUGGAGAUGAUCCUACAGCAGGCCCGGAAGCGGAGACGUGCAAGCAGAGAGAGGCGCAUUGGGAGCAAUCUGGAAAAACUGUUCUUGCAGUGUCCAGAGCCCACGCCCCAGCAAAUCAGCUAUAUUGCUGGGCGCCUCCGGCUGCAGAAGGACUUGGUCCAAGUGUGGUUUUCUAACCGGAGCCAGAUGGGCAGUUGGCCGACCAAUGAUACCUCCUGGAGGGAGAAUAUGGGGGCAACUGUGCCUCCUUUCCCAGGACCGCCAGUGUGCCUUCCCCUGGCACCAGGGCUCCAUUUUGAUUUCCCCCACUAUGGUGGGUCGUGUCUUACACCCCUGUGCUCCUCUACCCCGUUUCCUGUGCGAGGAUCCCUUUUGUCUGCCCCAACCACCACUCUGGGCCUCCCCAGGCUGUCAAGCUGAGGGCCCACCCUGCAGGGGAAGGAGAGAAUAGAGAG